CAAAGCAGAAGGGGGACUCUUUUGUUGCCGUUAAUCAGAAUCCCUUUUUCCAAACUAGAAAUAACGUACAUCGGUAAAAGAGUCGCCUCGACGAAGACGAGCACCCACGACUUCUUCACUCUCCGUCGAUCUUCGGUUCCUCAUCGUCCUUCCAGUAAGGUCUGAGACACCAUAACCAUGACAUCUUUUGGAAGUAUAACUGAGGAAUGUGGGCUCAUCAAUGGUUCAAAUUUUCCUUUUAUACCUGGCCUACCUGAUGAUAUUGCACUUCUUUGCUUAGCAAGAGUCCCGCUCCGCUAUCAUCAUGUUCUGAGGUGUGUUUCAAGGAGAUGGAAAGCCUUAUUGGGUAGUGAAGAGUGGGCUUCUUGCCGCCAGAAGAAUAAUCUGGAGGAAUCUUUGAUUUAUGCAUUGUGUAGAGACAAUACGACGGGAAGAAAUUGCUCUUAUGUAUUAUAUCCAGAACCAGCUAGCCGAUGCUGGAAACUUCAUGGGGAUGUCCCUACUCAGUUCUCUGAGAAGAAAGGACUGGUCUUAGAAGCUCUGGGGAAGAAAUUAUAUUUGUUCAGUAAUUGUGGCUUCCCUGGAUGUACAACAGGUGCAGUUUAUUGCUAUGUUCCUUCUGCAAAUAAAUGGGAGGAAGGGGCUCCCAUGGCUGGCAGGUGCUAUUUUUUAUCGACUGUUUUGGAUGAGAAACUCUACAUUAUUGGUGGGAAUGGCAUGAGCAUUGUUGAUCAACAAUCACUGGAUGUUUAUGACUCACAUUCAAACAGUUGGAGCUCUAAUGAAAUCCAAAUUCCACUCAAUGACAUUGUCAAGGUCAUCCCUUUAGAUGGCAAAAUACACACUAUCCACAAGAUUUGGAAUUUCCCUUAUGCAGGUGUAUGUGAUCCCUCAUGUUGUAGGUGGAACAAGACCAACAAUGACUUGGCUUCCUGUUGUGGGCCGACUGUUGUCAUUGACGGCACUCUCUACAUGUUGGAUGAAACUUCAGGGACGAGGCUCAUGAUUUGGCAAAAGAGCAGUGAAGAAUGGGUGGCACUGGGAAGGCUGUCGCACCAGCUCACACAACCUCCAUGUCAACUUGUGGCUGUUGGUAGGAAAAUUUUUGUUGUCGGGCAAGGAUUGCAUACAGUAGUUGUUGAUGUUGAUACAGCAGCAAAAGUCGAAGGAAUGUUAGUGAGCUCAUCAUUCUUUUCUAAAUCAAAUUCCCAUCUUUCUGUAAUUAGCUGCAAAGCUGUCACCAUUUGAGAUGUUAUUUUAUGUAUAUGUCAUCAAAUGAUACCCUCUGAUAAACAGAUUACAAAUGUGUUUUCAAUUCGAUAUUCAUAAGAAUUUCAA